AUGCAGAGUGUACCUCCGAAGAAGAAGCUGGAGAAGAAAGCGGAGAAGCAGCUCUUUGACGCCGCGUCCUUUGGGAAGGACCUGCUGGCGGGCGGGGUGGCGGCGGCCGUGUCCAAGACGACGGUGGCGCCCGUCGAGCGGGUAAAGCUGCUGCUGCAGGUGCAGGCGUCGUCCAAGCAGAUCAGCCCCGAGGCCCAGUACAAAGGCCUCGUGGACUGCCUGGUGCGGAUUCCCCGUGAACAGGGUUUCUUCAGUUAUUGGCGUGGCAAUUUGGCAAAUGUUAUCCGGUAUUUUCCAACACAAGCUCUAAACUUUGCUUUCAAAGACAAAUACAAACAACUGUUCAUGUCUGGAGUUAAUAAAGAAAAACAGUUCUGGAGGUGGUUUUUGGCAAACCUGGCUUCUGGUGGAGCCGCUGGGGCAACAUCCUUAUGUGUAGUAUAUCCACUAGAUUUUGCCCGAACCCGAUUAGGUGUUGAUAUUGGAAAAGGUCCUGAAGAGAGACAAUUCAAGGGUUUAGGUGACUGUAUUAUGAAAAUAGCAAAAUCAGAUGGAAUUGUUGGUUUAUACCGAGGGUUUGGUGUUUCAGUUCAGGGCAUCAUUGUGUACCGAGCCUCUUAUUUUGGAACUUACGACACAGUUAAGGGCUUAUUACCAAAACCAAAGGAAACUCCUUUUCUUGUCUCCUUUUUCAUUGCUCAAGUUGUGACUACAUGCUCUGGAAUACUCUCCUAUCCCUUUGACACAGUUAGAAGACGUAUGAUGAUGCAGAGUGGUGAGGCUGAACGGCAAUAUAAAGGAACUUUAGACUGCUUUGUGAAGAUAUACCAACAUGAGGGAAUUGGCGCAUUUUUUCGUGGUGCCUUCUCCAAUAUCCUUCGUGGUACAGGGGGUGCUUUGGUGUUGGUAUUAUAUGAUAAAAUUAAAGACCUCCUUAAUAUUGAUAUUGGAGGUAGUUCAUCGGGAGAUUAA